AUGACGUCACAGAGGCCCGUGACGUCACAAUGGCAACAUUCCACAGCUCGGGGUUCAGCGUCAGGCCGCAUUAGUGGAGCUGAAGUAAAUCCAGAGGCUUCUCCUGCAGCAGCAGCUAUGGAGAGCAGCCCGACAGAAAAACCUGCAAAACUCAAGAAGAAUAGCCUUUGUGUCUUCUUCAGAAACACAUGGUUGGCUGUAAAAAGCACCACCCAGUGUCGACAUCAAGGUAACAAAGUGUCCCCUCUUCAGCCAGUGUCCGACACAGAUUCAGCUGAUUCCCAGUGCGCUCCAUCCAUCCUCGAACCAACGGCACAUCAGCAUCUAGCUGAUCCACAGCCCGAGCCAUCCGUCCCUGAGCCAACAACUCUACAGGAUCAAACUGAUCCUCUGCCGGGAUCAUCCAGCAUCACGCCGACCAACUGUGAUCCAAAUCCAGCUGAAGAGAAUCAAAAAAUUGAGGAGAAGAAGAAGAAACACAUCUGUGCAUUCUUCAAAAGAGCGUGGCGGGCUGUAAAACAUGCAACAAAACGAAGCAAGAAGCACAAAGUGGCUCCUCUUUAUCCACAGCCAGACACAUGUUCAGCUGAUCCUCAGCUAGAUCUGUCUGUCCUUGAGUCGAUGGCUCUGUGGGAUUCAGUUGAUCCUCAGACAGAUCCAACCAUCCUCGAUUCAGGGGCUCUACAGGAUCUGACUGAUCCUCCAGAAGAUCCACAGCCUGGUUCAUCUGACCCUGAUCGAGAUCCAGAUGCUUCAAAGAGGACACCUGUUGUAGGAGCAUCUAGCUUUGUGCCAGCGGGUCGGCAGGAUCCAGCUGAUCCUCUUCCAGAUCCGUCUGGCCUUGAGCCAGCAGCUCCAAGAUUUCCAGGUGCUUCCAAGCAUAGACGAAUUGGAGAUCGAACCCGUUUCAGAGCAGCCUGUUUCACCGAUCCAACCCCUGUUCCCUUUGAUGAAAUUUAUGAAGUGGGAAGAAAGAUUGGAGAAGGAGGCUUCGGCACUGUGUACGAGGGGAUUUCCAAAUUUCUGCGUGAGCAGGUCGCCAUCAAAAUCAUCCCUAAGAGAGAUGGAGACCGGUUUAUUGAAAUUCCUGGCUGUUCCAAGCCGCUGUUAGCAGAAGUGGCUCUAAACCUGCUGCUGAAACGACCUCCGUUAAGCCCCUACAUUGUGCACAUGCUGGAAUGGUUCGAAGAGGACGAUCGGUUCAUCCUGAUCCUGGAGUAUCUGCAACCCUGCAAAGACUUGCUCAGGUUCACGCUGAACAACAUGCAGCUACUGGAUGAAUCACAGACACGUAGGCUGAUGUACCAAGCGGUGCUGGCAGCCAAGCACUGUCUUGACCGAGGCGUCUUCCACCGUGACAUUAAGUUAAAUAACUUUCUGAUCAACACAAAGACGAACCAAGUCAAACUGAUAGACUUUGGCUGCGGUGACCUCGUCAUAAGUUCAGGCUACCUGGGUGCUUUUACAGGAGGAGUCCGCCCACCUGAGUACUAUGUGAACUUUAAAUACGAGGCAGGGCCAACAACUGUUUGGUCUCUGGGCUUUAUGAUGUACUCAAUGGUGUACAAACGUCAACCCUUUAAAAGUCUGAAAGACAUGAUGCAUGGCAGUCUGAGGUUUAAGCACAAAAUAUCCCCAGAAUUGCAGGAUUUGAUAAACCGCUGCAUGACUCAUGACCCAACUGAGAGAGCAACUAUAGAGGAGAUCCUACAGCAUGAAUGGUUUCAGCAGGGACAAGUGUCAGGAGUAGCUCAGGAUCAGCUAGAAACAGGUAGGAUCAGACAACUUAGGAGGGAAGGCAGAUGAUGACAGAAAACCCAAGAAGUCCACACAGUGCUGAGCUUCAACUCUCCUUUACUUUUAUUUUUUCAGCAGAUGCGCCAAAUGAGCCCCGGAGAGGAAAAAGAAAUUAACAAAUUAUUCAGCAGAGAGUCUUCAGAGCAGCAAGCUUAGUUAAUAAGGCAGCAGACUUGGUGGUCAAAAAGUGGUGCAAAAACAAAUACAGAACAUUUAGAAGAGCUAAUCUAGUGCAAAAAAAGAAGCGAAUUUAGUUUAAAAAAGUUACUGUAAAAAAUUAGGAGCAAAUUUAGUGCACAAAAGAGAGAAGAAAACUUGUAUAUAAAGCAGGAUAAAUAUAAUGUAUAAAAAAAGCAUAUUUUGUGUAUCAAAUGUGUAGACUAUUUUGUAGAUUUAGUGCAAGAAAAAAAAAACACAUUCCCAUCAUCCCCUCUAACUGGUCCUCAAACAUCCUCAAACUAGUUGUGUGGAUGGAGGGAAAAUGAUUUAAUAAAAAAUGACAUUUGUAUUUUGUAUAACUCGUCAGUUACUCACUGACACCCACACACACUUUCUGAACGGACUUUGCAUAAACUUCAAUCUUUAUUAUAAAGAGAUAAAGUUGUAAGUACUAUAACCUAA